UGACGUGCGGAUGCCUCACUUUCCUACACUCUGCAAAGCAUCAUCAAAAUCACCAUCCAUCAAGAACCGCUUCAUGCCCCCCUCUACUACACCCCCACCCCCACCUCCUUUCUCUCUCUCUCUCUCUCUCCCUCCCAUCUCUCUCUCCUCCUCCUUCGUUGUCUUUUUAAUGUAACUUCUGAAUGAUCGGGAGAGCAGGGAGCGUCUGGAGAGCCUGGUCCGGUGACUCCAUCUUCGCUGAAGGAUCUGCUCGCACGGCAUUCUGCUCAUCAAAGCUGGACACACAGAUCAGAGGGGAUCCGUUUGUGGAGUAAACGCCGGGCUUUCCGUGUGGAUUUCGGCUCUGUUAGUAUUUUUUUUUAUUUUUUUUCCUCCUGGAUGUUGCAGCGCAUCACAGCGCUCUGACUGAAGCUGUCUCCUUGGAUUUUCAACUACUGAAUUAAUGCUAAGCCUCGCGUUAUUAUUAUUGUUAGUGUGAUCUAAUGCACUUAAUGCUAAAAAUACGUUUUGGUUAUUUUUUUCAAAUGAGGUCGCAUUUUCUUUGAGAGCUUAAUGCCGACGAAGCGCCUGCGUUAAAUAUUACGUUAAAAAUAAGGAAAGUUGCGUGCGCAAAGUUUUGGAGACGGUCGGUAUGGCUAUGGUAGCGUGGAGAAGCACGGAGGGCGUCGGGGACUCCCUGGGGACUCUCUCCUCCCCGGUGUCCCAGGUUGCGCCUCUGUCCCUGCCUGGAGAGCUGACGGGCCACAUGAACUCUGCAGCCUCCCUGGAAAUACCGCCGACAGGAGCCGCUCAGGGAGCACCGCCGCCCAAUCUAUCCGGCGCCUCCGCCGCGUCCACUUCCACCACCACCUCCUCCUCCUCCACCACCACCAACAACAACAACACGUCCUCCUCUUCGUCGUCGUCUUCCUCCUCCUCCAUGGACAAACAGCAGAGCCAGCAGAUCGAGUGCAUCGUCUGCGGGGACAAAUCCAGCGGGAAGCACUACGGACAGUUCACGUGUGAGGGAUGUAAGAGCUUCUUCAAGCGCAGCGUCAGGCGGAACCUGACGUACACCUGCAGGGCCAACCGGAACUGUCCCGUGGACCAGCACCACCGCAACCAGUGCCAGUACUGCCGCCUCAAGAAAUGCCUCAAAGUGGGCAUGAGGAGGGAAGCCGUCCAAAGAGGCCGGAUACCCACGCAGUCCUACCACGGCCAGUUCGCGCUGACCAACGGGGACCCUCUGCAGUGCCACUCCUACCUGUCCGGGUACAUCUCCCUGCUGCUGCGGGCCGAGCCCUACUCCACCUCCCGCUUCGGCUCCCAGUGCCUGCAGAGCAACAACAUCAUGGGCAUAGAGAACAUCUGCGAGCUGGCGGCGAGGAUGCUCUUCAGCGCCGUGGAGUGGGCCCGAAACAUCCCGUUCUUCCCAGACCUGCAGGUGCCGGACCAGGUGGCCCUCCUCCGCCUCACCUGGAGCGAGCUGUUCGUGCUGAACGCCGCCCAGUGCUCCAUGCCCGUCCACGUGGCCCCGCUGCUGGCCGCCGCCGGCCUGCACGCGUCCCCGAUGUCCGCCGACCGGGUGGUGGCCUUCAUGGACCACAUCCGGGUGUUCCAGGAGCAGGUGGAGAAGCUGAAGGUGCUGCAGGUGGACUCGGCGGAGUACAGCUGCAUCAAGGCCAUCGUGCUGUUCACCACAGAUGCUUGCGGCCUGUCGGACGUGGCGCACGUGGAGAGCCUCCAGGAGAAAUCCCAGUGCGCGCUGGAGGAGUACGUCAGGAGUCAGUAUCCCAACCAGCCCAACAGAUUCGGCAAGCUGCUGCUUCGCCUGCCCUCGCUGCGCACCGUCUCCUCCUCGGUCAUCGAGCAGCUCUUCUUCGUGCGCCUGGUGGGGAAGACCCCCAUCGAAACGCUGAUAAGGGACAUGCUGCUGUCCGGCAGCAGCUUCAGCUGGCCUUACAUGUCCAUCCAGUAGAGGAGGACACGGGUUGGGCUGGCAGGCGGCAGUGAAACUAAGGUCACAUCUUCUAUGGAGUGAUUUUAUUUUCUUUUAAUUUUUGUUUUUCAUGUAAUCCAAAAAUCUCUGCCAGAGGAAUGAGAUUAGUAAAGGUAAAAAAAAAAAUCCUGUAAUUUUACUAAAUGAUGUCAGUGGUUUGCCUCAUUAAAAAGGGUCCUGAAAUAAACGAAGAAGAUCAAAUGAUUUGAAAUCACAGGCAGAAUAUAAACAAGACAUGACACAAAAUGACAUGACUUAUUUUGAAUUUUUUUUUUUUUUUUUUUUUUUGUCGUGGUGAAAUCUCACGCUGUAUGGACGCUCUAUGAUUUUCUUAUAAAUAACAAACGAUAUUUAUUGGACCUUUGUGUAUAUUUAUCGUGCUUGUAAAUUAUGUUUGGGAUCCUUUUUCUUUUUAAAUGUCGUAUGUAUCGUUUUGCCCACGGUCAAUGAGAAAACUGCAGGGAGCCUCUUGUGCGUGUGGAUCUGUUGUAUUUUUGUUUUUAUUUUGUUGUUUUUCUUUGUCUGUGUUCUUGUUCUUUCAUACCUUCCAGAAAAAAAAGCACUUUGGACUAAAUGAAAAUAGAAAUAUUUACAGCAGGAGUUUCGAACCUGACUCCUUCCUCGGUUCCAUCCAGACAAAUAGGUUACACUUUAAAGCUCUGAUUUAGGAAUGUCAAUUUGUCAUUUUCUUAUAAAAAAAAAAAGCAAACAUCCACUAAUGCAUUGCUUGUUGGUUAUUUUUUAGAGAAUUUACUCCUUUCAAUUUCAAUUUUAUUUUUAUUUUUUAUUUUUUUACAAAUACUUCCAUAAAUCAAUUAGUAAAUAAUUGUUGGCCACAAUUCCCCCUUUUUUUUUUUUUUUUUUUUUACCACACUGUGCAAAUCUGACUUUGUUUGCCUUCCACAUGGUGUUAAAACCGGAUUAUGUCUUUGAAUUUCAGUAAAUGUGUUCCGUUUCCAACUUUCUGUUUGCUCCGGAGAUACCGAGGCUACCUGCGGUGUUGCUGAGUGAGGCUGACUGUCAGGAAAAGCUGUCUGAUAUUUUUGUACUCAGAGGGGUUCGUACUCAAACCCCGCUCCUCCCCAUCACGUUUCCUUUCACACACAGAAAAACAUUGGCACCAGGAGAUUAUUGAUGAUUACAUUACCAAAUGAUACUGUUUCCAGGAUUUCUUUGUGUUUUCUAUACUGGCUGUCUCAGAGAUUUUUAAAGAGCACUGCGUUUGUGCGCACAACUUCCCAGGCUGAGAGACAAAUGGACUUGAUGGGAAUUCAUGCGUUUACAUGAGCCCAGGCCACUCACUUGCACAACCUGACCACUGCAGGGUACACGGCCCCAUUCAGACUGUAUGAAUGUGUGUGUGUGUGUGUUUGUUUCCUUGUUUCUCUGGAAACCACUCUGAUGUACUGUGAAAGUUAACAUAUUGGUACCUUAUUAAAUUAUAACUCAAGAUUUAUA